CCGACUGUGAAGAUCUCCGGCGUCCUCGACCAGUUUGCCUUGUCUGGAGGAUGGCGCUGACGCAGAGACGUGCUAUGCGCAGCGUCGUGGCGAUGGUGGUGACAUGCCUCGUUGCCCUUGGUGGAGUUGCCGCCCGAGAGCUGCCCGUGAAAGGCGAGUUGCUGCACCAGCCAACACGUAGCUCAAGUGGCUCAACAUUGGUCCCAGCGCCAGACGCUGUACUUGACCAACCCACUGCAACCCAUCGCUUGUACAAGCCAGCUACAGUUGAUGGGCCUCUGGACGCAAUUUCACCGACCACGACAAGCGCCUCAGCCUUGCUGCCAGCAGAUGCAACCCUCGAUGACUUGGAGCACGCACUGUUCAGCAUUCUCGACAGCAACGACGAGGACGAUACCGCGAGCAUCAGUGCGACGUGGUGCACAGACGUUGGUGUCCAGUUUGAGCUGGAUUUCCGCUCCGCAUUCGCCGAUCUGCGCGGGUUUGGCCAUUUUUUUAGCCAACGUAUGACAAGCGAGCUCGACCACAAGUAUACUGUUUCAUUUCGUGACUUGAGCCCAUCCCACGGCGCGACAGACAAGGCGUUUGUUGUUUUUUCCGCGUGUUCGUCUCCAGACGACACAACGACAACAGCCAACACGACGUGGCUGGCGGCCUUCGUCUCCAACAUGCAUCGCUUUCUGGAUGGCCAUGGCAAGGCGCUCCACGCGUCGUCCGAACAGGCACACACUCUGGACGACCUGUUUGUCUACGCUCUUCCAGUUGACCAGCCUUCCGCGCGCAUUCAAAUCUGGCCCGUGGCAGUGACCAUUGCGCUCGUGCCACCCGACUCGAACGGUGUCCCCACUCUUCAUUUGUCGCUUCGAGUGCAAAACACGGGACCGUUGCCUGUCCGCGUGUUUCACGUGGUCUGCCACGAUGUCCGCGGCUUCCGCGACACGGUCCUUCCUAUCGUUCCAACUGUGGUGGUGCCCCCAGGAGCCGACGUAACUCUAUCUGUGGAAGGUUCGAUUGUACAAGAUUCCCAUGUCGAACCCGGUGACUUUGAAGACGACAAAGAAGAUGUCGAAAGCGAUGAUGACGACCACCACAAAGCGCCCAUGCGGCUACACAUCGUUCAAAGCUCGGGCAACUUCAUCGAUCUCAACGUUGCCGCGAGUUUGGUCCGACCCACCCUAGCUGGACUCGCUUUAACACAAAUUUCUCAACUCGAGGACGAAGGUGCACUAAAAAUCGAUGACCUCCUUCCCAAGACGACUCGAGCUCCCCUUGCCGCCGUUGACGCCCGCUCGUCGUCGCUUUCAUUUCAUGCCAGCACGCCGGCGCCAUCCACGAAUCGACAGCACCAAGACUGGCACCGCGACACCGCAGCUGUGCCCAAAGCUACGCUGCGAGUCGUGGGUAAGGAAUAUGCUGUCGCAGCGGCUGCCCAUGAAGGCGAAGGAGUGCUGCCGAUGGCGUCAUUUCCAUCGUCCGAGUGGAAAGCGGCGUCGACGGUGCUGCUGUUGGGUGUGUUUGGGGUCACGGCGUUUUUUGUGUACGGCAAACUACGCCGCCGCACAUCGGCUGCAUUCAAGCAUCACCAUACAAAAACCAAGCAGGCGGCUUGGGAACAUCGACGACGCGAAGAUGCUGCCGACGACAAGGAGUGCGAGAUGAUGCUGCGGUCCACGAGGCAAGGCCAAGACGAUAGCUCGGACGAUACACGAGAGCUGGAAGAACCGUCGAGCUCCGAGCGUGCUCGUGAUAUCUUAUCGACGCCACCUAUCCAGCUGAACCAUGCAUGGGGUCGAUCGACGGCCCAGACCACGGUGAGGCUCGAUGAACCACCGAUCGCUUCGUUUCGACCACUGUCGCUUCAACCGCACCCGAUGCAACCAGUGGUGCCACCCCCGUAUCAACUGCAGCUGGACCUGUCGGUGCGGCUGCAUCCAAAACGGUUCGAGUCGCUGUGGGAAGAGAGUGUUGUGCGGUGGGUCGCUCCGUGCCCUCUUUGGGCGACGCUCACCACGGCGUUGCUUAGGAAAUCGUGGACUCAGUCCGCUGUCGAAAAUGGCGCACUGCCGCCCACUGGUGUUGUCAUUCAGGUGCUGGAAAGCCAGGGCAUUUUGUGCAUGGCCAGCGGGUCGGUCGCCAUGGUGGACAAGUAUUUAUUCUACUCGUAUGAGGUGGCACUCGGGCAGUUCCUCUUCGUUGAAAUUGUGGCGAACCCUGUUACUUUGGACAUCGCGUCGAGCGUGCGAUGCCACCGUGACGUUGGGGCUCCAGCUGUGGAUGCUCUAGCGGCGUUGGUGCACGCUCUAAUUCAGGCGAUAUUGGAGUCCAUCAAGGCGCGAGGUGUUGCGCUGGGCUGACAGCGGUAUUGCAAGACGUUCGUGCUACUUCUUGCUCGCCGCGCGCAGCAGGAUACAUGAGGACAAAAUGUCCUAGGGGUGUGGUUGAAGGAUUUUCAGCCAAUCAGAGCACCGCUCUUGUAAUCUAUCCAAUCAAAAUUAUUUCAUACUGACAA